AUGUAUGUCAUGCUGGACAAGGAGAAGAAAAGUUGGAUUGUGUCUAUAUUAGAAUUGAGGCAUUCUAACCCCUGUUCGGCUAAGAAAGCUAUCCACUAUCGUGAGUACCAGGAGUUGACCAUGCAUGCUAAGUCCAUCAUUACGGAUAACGACGAGGCUGGAAUAAGACCCAACAAGACGCAUGGUCUACCGUUUGCAUCCUUUGUCGGUGUAAACCACCAUGGGAAGUCUACUCUUCUUGGUUGUGCUUUACUUGGGAGCGAGGACAUCCCUAGUUUUGAGUGGGAAGGUCUUACUGGAUACUGUCCACCGACGAUGCAUCUGGCACAUAAUGAAGAAGUCAUAAUUCAAGCUCGGAGGACCACUAUGCGAAUCGACGGAAGUGGGUUCCAAUAUUCUUCAAGAGUGAAUUUUGGGCCGUGCAAGAAGUUUGGAUCCACUGGUUUAUUGUGUUGCCACACCCUUCCUGUGUGGUCAUACUACAAAGUUGACAUAGUACCGAGCUGCUAUGUGCUUCCUCGAUGGAGUAAGAACGUCAUCCGCAAGCACACCUACGUCAAGAGUAGCCAUGAUGUGGCUCAGACCAAUGAAAGUCACAACCUGUUCAGGGAUUUGUGUUCAGAGUUCUACAACAUUGCCCAGGAGUUUAUUGGUUGUGAUGAAGAAGUAGCCAUCUUGCAAUCUGCCAUUUGGGAUGCAAAGUCCAAGUUGAAUGAUUACUGUGCCAGCAUGCGUUCCACUACUUUAGCUGCGACUCAGAAUACAAUGGCCACACAGGGCACGAGCGAUGCUAUUGAACAUGACAUACAGGGACCCUUAAGAGUUAAAACUAAAGGACGGCUGAAGACUAAGAGACUUGGAGCAGAGUUGGACAAGUUAAUUAAGAAAGCGAUGCAAAAAAAGAAGAGGAAAUCGCAUCUGGAUGUUGUUGACCUUCAGACAGAUAAUGAGCAUCAUGGUCUUGUGAAUGAAAUAUUUAAGGAUUCUACUACUUGA